AUGCCUCCUCUUCCGUCCUCCAUUUUGGCGAGAUCCGAACUGUUCUCCCGACCUGCAAGCCACAUCGUCAACCACAGUAUCUCCAGCGGCGGAAGUCAGCGGCACGAGCAACAGCAGUUGGCGGUGAUUCCGACGGCGGUUGAUGUGAGGAUCAACGACCUGGUCGGGAACGGAAUAUCAGGAAUACUUCAGAAGUGGGUGAACUACGGCAAAGGAUGGAGGCCUCGGUGGUUCGUUCUACAAGACGGCGUUCUCUCCUAUUACAAGAUUCACGGACCUGAUAAGAUCGUGAUCAAUCCAGAAACCGAGAAGGGAUUCAAAAUCAUCGGUGACGAGUCCAUGCGUAUCAUCUCUCGCAAUAGAAUUUCUCACUACUCGCAACAUUGUCGAAAGCCUUUUGGUGAAAUCCAUCUUCAGGUUUCAACUAUUCGAGAGAGCAGAUCGGAUGAAAAACGGUUUUCCAUUUUCACUGGGACAAAGACACUGCACUUAAGGGCUGAGACCCGUGAGGAUCGGGUGGCAUGGGUGGAGGCCUUGUAUGCGGUCAAAGAUAUGUUUCCUCGGAUGUCUAACUGUGAGCUGAUGGCUCCUGUGAACAAUUUGGCCAUUUCAACUGAAAAGUUGAGGCACCGGCUUAUGGAAGAAGGUGUUAGUGAGGCGGCCAUUCAGGACAGUGAGCAAAUUAUGAGAAAUGAGUAUGCAGCUCUACAAAGCCAGCUUUUGCUAUUUAAGCAGAAACAGUUGGCUCUGAUUGAUAAUUUACGCCAAUUGGAGACAGAGAAAGUUGACCUGGAAAACACUGUUGUUGAUGAGAGCCAAAGACAAAGACAAGGGAAUGAUCAAGAUGCUUCCUCUAUAUUGGGGCAGGAAAAGUUUAGUGAAGCAAGUGCAUGUGGGUCUGAGGAUGAUAAUGAGAGAAAUGACGCAGCAGACGAAGAAACAGAUGAUGACGAUGAUGCCGCCUUUUUUGAUACACAUGAUUUUCUAUCAUCAUCCGGUUCUUUUAAAAGUAAUGAAUCUGAUUUUAGGGCUUCAUCCUUUUCUUCAGAUGAUGAAGGACUCUCGGCAGUUGGAUUUGAGGAGGAUGCAGAUCCUUCUAUUAGAACUGUUGGGACCAACUACCCUCGUGUUAAGCGGCGUAAAAAAUUGCCUGAACCUGCUGAAAAAGAGAAAGGCGUGAGUCUUUGGUCAUUGAUUAAGGAUAAUAUUGGGAAGGAUCUAACUAAAGUAUGUCUCCCUGUUUAUUUUAAUGAACCUCUCUCCUCUCUUCAAAAAUGCUGUGAAGAAAUGGAGUACUCAUAUCUCCUUGACCGAGCUUAUGAAUGGGGAAGAAGAGGCAAUACCCUUAUGAGGAUUCUCAAUGUUGCUGCUUUUGCUGUAUCUGCCUAUGCUUCAACUGAUGGGAAAAUUUGCAAACCGUUUAAUCCAUUACUGGGGGAGACAUAUGAGGCUGACUUUCCAGAUAGAGGCUUUCGUUUCAUUUCAGAGAAGGUCAGUCACCACCCUACCAUAGUUGCGUGUCACUGUGAGGGUACAGGCUGGAAAUUUUGGGCAGAUAGCAACUUAAAGAGCAAAUUUUGGGGCCGAUCAAUUCAGCUCGAUCCUGUUGGUAUUUUGACAUUAGAAUUUGACGAUGGCGAAGUGUUCCAGUGGAGCAAGGUUACUACAUCAAUAUACAAUCUCAUUUUGGGGAAGCUGUAUUGUGAUCAUUAUGGUACAAUGCGAAUUCAGGGAAACGGAUCAUACUCAUGUAAAAUGAAAUUCAAGGAACAAUCUAUAAUUGAUCGCAAUCCUCGCCAGGUUCAAGGUGUUGUUCAGGACAGAAAUGGGAAAACAUUGGCUACAUUAAUUGGAAAGUGGGAUGACAGCAUGUAUUAUGUUAAUGGUGACUAUGGUGGAAAGGGAAAAAGUUAUGAAUCGUUGGCAGAAGCACAUCUACUAUGGAAGCGGAGCAAGCCUCCCAAGUUUCCUACUAGAUAUAACUUAACUCGUUUUGCCAUCACACUAAACGAACUUACCCCAGGAUUAAAGGAAAAGCUACCACCUACAGAUUCCAGGUUAAGACCAGAUCAAAGGUAUUUGGAAAAUGGGGAGUAUGAGAUGGCAAAUUCAGAAAAACUACGGCUAGAGCAGCGACAACGACAGGCUGGGAAGAUGCAAGCUAGUGGAUGGGAACCACAAUGGUUUGCUAAGGAUAAAUCAAGCGGUACAUACCGCUACGUAGGAGGAUACUGGGAAGCCCGACAACAAAGGAAUUGGAACCCUUGUCCUAAUAUUUUUGGUCAAAUUCCUUCUGAUCAUCUUCUAGGCUAA